AUGGUGAAAGUGGACGUUAAAUACACAAAGUUGUUUAUCAACAAUGAAUGGGUGGACGCUGUCAGUAAGAAGACAUUCCCAACCAUCAAUCCUCAAGAUGAGACAGUUAUCGCUCAAGUUGCUGAAGGAGAUAAGGCCGAUAUCGAUUUAGCAGUCGCAUCAGCAAAGAAAGCAUUCCACCGCUACUCAGAAUGGCGGAAGAUGGACGCUUCACAACGAGGUGUGCUGAUGCUUAAACUGGCCGACCUGAUCGAGUCUCAGGCGAGAUAUCUAGCCGAACUGGAAACACUCGACUGCGGGAAACCAAUCAAAGAAGCCGAGGAAGAAGUUUACUUCUCAGCAUCUGUCAUAAGGCAUUAUGCGGGAAAAGCAGAUAAAAUAUUAGGAAACACAAUCCCUGCAGAUGGCGAAGUUUUAUCAAUGACUCUUAAGGAGCCAGUAGGUGUAUGCGGACAAAUUAUACCAUGGAACUACCCAAUACCUAUGAUGUCAUGGAAAAUAGCACCAGCUUUAGCUGCAGGGUGCACUAUUGUCCUUAAGCCAGCAGAACAAACCCCAUUGACUGCCUUGGCCGUGGCAGCUUUGAUAAAAGAGGCUGGAUUUCCUCCGGGUGUGGUGAACGUAGUCCCCGGGUACGGACCCACGGCGGGAGCAGCCCUAACAAAUCACCCAGACGUCGAUAAAAUCGCCUUCACUGGCUCUACUGAGGUUGGCAGAAUUAUACUAGGGGCUGCUUCAGUAGGAAAUCUAAAACGUGUGACCCUGGAACUCGGAGGCAAAAGUCCCUUAGUAGUUUUCAAUGACGCCGAUGUGGAAAAAGCGGCACAGAUAGCGCACGCGGCUGCGUUUGCAAAUGCCGGUCAAUGUUGCUGCGCCGGGACCAGGACGUACGUGCAAUCGGGAAUAUACGACCAGUUCGUUUCUAAAGCUGCUGAAAUUGCAAAGAAGAGGUCCGUUGGGAAUCCGUUUGACGAUGUACAACAAGGUCCCCAGAUUGACAAGGAAAUGUACACUAAAGUUCUUGACUAUAUAAAGUAUGGAAAGGAGAGCGGUGCUAAAUGUGUAGCCGGUGGUGACAAAAUGGGUAAUGUGGGCUACUACAUACAACCUACCGUCUUUGCUGACGUGCAAGACGACAUGAAGAUUGCAAGGGAAGAGAUAUUCGGGCCGGUGCAGAGCAUUUUCAAGUUCGACACGUUCGAUGAAGCCAUCGAUCGGGCAAACGACACUAACUACGGACUUGGUGCUGGUGUCAUCACUAACGACAUCACCACAGCAAUGAGCUUUGCCAAAUAUGUACGCGCUGGCUCCGUAUGGAUAAAUACUUACGACCAUGUCACAAGUCAAACGCCUUUUGGAGGUUUCAAGAACUCCGGCAUUGGCAGAGAAUUGGGAGAAGAGGGCAUCAACCAAUACCUAGAGGUCAAGACUGUAACUAUGGCACUGCCGAAAAAACCACAGGUUUAA